UAUAAGUCCUGGUAAGGCUGAAGACACCUUGAGUACAUACUCGUGACUUCUGCGAUACUUCGUAGCUAUCCGACCGGAUCUCGGAUUAGACGGUAUCCUUCCGCUGAUACGAAUAGUUCGCAACUUGCACCCGUCUCCCAUCAGUCGCUGCCGGGAGCCCCGCACCUCACCGGCCUCACCGCCGCUCUCAUCAUCGCUACACAGCUGAGACGAGCUUGAGAACCUCUGUCUGACACAGAUAGCAGGUUCUCGUCGACGAUCAGUCUGCUCAGUCCCAAUAGCUUCUUUUAUCUCUACCCCACAUCUCAGUCUCCGAUAUGUUGGUCGAGCGUGCUAUUCCCGUCGUCAGUCUGAAGGAUUUUGAGUCUCGUAAGGACGAAAUCAAGCAGCAACUCGUUGCUGCUGCCGAACAAGUCGGAUUCUUCGUCGUCACCGACCAUGGUCUCACUCCAGGAGACAUCGAGGCUCAUUUUUCUCGCGCGAAACGCUUCUUUUCUCUCCCAGAUGAGACAAAGCGCAUCUAUGCGAACCCUAACACUGUUAAGUGCAACGUGGGAUACGAUGCUUUGAGCCAGUUCAGGCCUUCGACCGGUCAGAUCGACCAGAAGGAGACUUUGAACUUGCAGCUCUGCAGGAAGGAGGGUUGGCCUAGCGAAGACGAUGUUCCUGGAUUCUCUAAGGAGACUAAGGACUUCAUGUACCGAUGCCACGAGAUUAGCUUGCAGAUUCUCCAACUCUUCGAGGACGCCCUCGGCCUCGAGAAAGGUACCUUCGACAAAGCCAUUGUACCAGAAGACCCUGAGUCACUCAGCUCCAUGCGCACCCUUCACUACCUGCCCUCGGACGGAACGAAGAAGGAUUACUGGCGAAACGGUCCUCAUGCUGAUCUUAGCCUUUUGACUCUUUUAUUCCAGCGUGAGGGUGAGGCCGGACUCGAGAUCUGUCCUGGCCGCGAGGCUCUCACAGAGUACGGCAUGGGAGAUGCUUGGACUCCUGUCGCAGCCAAGCUUGGUCCCAUCAUUUGUAACAUUGGUGACAUGCUGAUGUACUGGUCUGACGACAAGUACAAGUCCAUCUUUCACCGCGUUGUGGCGUACUCCGGCCCCCAACCCUCGCGCUACUCCUGCGCUUACUUCAACCACGCCUCCCGCUCGACGCUCAUUAAGGGUUUGGAACAAAAGUACCCUCCGAUGACAGGAGAGGAGAUCAUGCUCAAGCGGAUGACGAGGGAAUUCCAAGGAAAGAAGGCCGAGUAAACUCCACGAAGGAUGCAGACGACAGUAUCAAGUCGCUUCGAACGUAUACGCCGUUAUAUCGUCUUUUACGAAUAGAGGCUGUCUAUAUUUAUUCGUUCGUUUCCUUCGAUCUGCUCGCUUUCUUGUCCUUGUAAGCUUUGUAUGUGCCCAUCAGACCGCCAUGUUGUUCUCUUAGUCCUUGCAUACGACCUCUUUCGCUCACCUGGGACGAUCAUGAAGCUGGGGUCAAUAUCUAAAUAAACAAAUGAACUCGCAACCCCAGACGACAAUGUAGUAUUUUAGCCGAUUCACGAUAUAUAGGGUGUAGCAUUGA